AUGACUUCCUGCAGGUGUACUAUUUUGGUCACUCUUAUCUCGAUGGCUCGUUCCUCAAUUUCGUUCCAUCGUACACGCAGUAUGUCACAGGCCGAAGUUACUUCGUUUUACACCAUCAUUCUGAUUAUGUUCUGGUACGUACUACGCUCAUCGCGGCGAUUUUUGACACGUGCUGGCCGUAUAUCUGCAACAGAGGCGGGUGAGGAUCCGAAUGAGCAUAAGCAGGUCGUCGGCGUAUCGACAAAAAAGGACUGGAGGGUUGCUGGGGAUUCGGCUGAACUUAAAUUCGGGCACCGAAAGGGCGAGAUCGGCGAUAUCAGAACUUGCGUUACUCUCCAUAGGGAUGCCCUUAACCUGUCGAAAGAUGUAGCCGCUGAAACACACGUAAGCUUCGCCGACGACCGAGCGCAGUACACUGCCGAUUCCCGCGAAAGAGUAGACUGUACCGUAACCAAAAGCUCUUGCGUGGCUAACGUAACGAAUGGCCUUGGUGGUGAUAUGCAGAGCGUCGGCGUGAGCGUUGCGAAAGCAUAA